CGGCAGAGGAAAACCAGUACCGCGUCGAUCUCCCUCGCCGUCGUUUGUGCGCGUCCGCCGCAACGGAUCGUCAAAACAACGCUUGUUUCCGAUCGCGCUGCCGUCGUUGUCCGUUCGUUCAUUGUUUUCCGCGCGCGGUUUCCUUGGGGUUGUUUCGCGACCGUCACCGCGUUCUUCCGCGCGGCCGGCCACGUUUUCCGGCGGUGACGACCACGACGCCGUACGAAACCGGCAACGCAUCCCGUACGAGGACAGCGCCAUCAUGUACUCCGACAAGGUGGAAGUGCUCCGGUUCGAGACGGAACCGUACCGCAAGCACUUGGUCCAAAAUGGCGGGCCGAAUUUGCGUUACAACAACAAUAGCAGCAGCAGCAACAACAACAACAACAGCAUCCACAACAACUACAACGCGAAACACACGGCCUACCAGAACGGUUAUCACAAACCGCUGUUGAUCGACACGGACACCAGGCCUUCGUCGUCGACCGCUAUCACCACCGCGGCCGCGGCCGCCGUCGUCGCCGCCUCGACCGUACCCUCGGGUCUGCUUAACCAUCACGUGCAACCGCCGUCGGACCCGGUCGUAGCGUCCGUGCUCCAUCCCCGGCAGAACCCUCGACCGGGCCGCCUGCUCCUGGAGAACGUCAACAAUCGGCCGCAGACAAUGGACCGGGGUACGCAGGCCAACGCCGCGGAAGCGGACGUCGCCGCCGGAACAGCUCCUCCAUCGACCAGCAACGAUCCGACCAACAACGAGCUGUAUCGAAAUGCCAACAUUGGCGUUACUAACCAAAAAUUAUUGGCCAAUGGUGGUGAUAACUCCUCUGUGGAUAGUCUGAACAGUGCUGAUUCUGCUAAACGAGACAGUGAGGAAUCUCCAAUUGAACUUCAUGAAUUUAAUCAACCAAUGAUCACCAAGGACGAUACAGAUGGUUACCUCAACAUGAGCAAUGGUGAUGGUAAACAUCCGGGUGCUGCAGGCAAACCUUCUAAUGGUAUUGUUAAGGAACACCCUGUUGAUGACGAUGUUGAUAAAACUAGCUGUGGUAUGGAGUGUUUGUACUUUGCAAUGCAGUGCUGUGAAUGUACAAUAAUGUAAUGGAGUGGUUUCCCAUGCUUUGCAAUUUUUAUUUCUUAGUUAUAAAUAAGUAACUAUAAUUUAACCAUUAUAUUAUGUAAUAAAGUACCAUGUGA